ACCCGGGCGGUUGCCGCGGCAGCCAGGCCCAGGUGAGGGACAGGGUGCGAGCCGCACCUGCAAUCCUCCCGUCAGAGGCUCCACGCCUCUGCGACGCACUUCAUCCGGGCGGUAGCGUGUGUGUGUGUGUGCUCCGUCGCGGCAGGGCCGGGGUCCGCGUUGCCAUGUCCCAGCCGGGAGCGGACAUGUCUCUCCAGCCGGCGUCGCGCAGGGGGUCCUGCGGAGUCCCGGUCCAGAUCACGCUGCAGUGCGCGCGCAGACGCUUCACCAGGGAUAUGAGCGGCUCGGUGUCCGUGCAGGACCCUCGGAGCAGGGCCAGGGACGGGAAGGGCACGGACCGAUGCAGGAGCCAGCCGCCCGUGUCCAGCGCCGGGGAGGACCGGGCUGUCCUGCUGGGGUUCGCCAUGAUGGCCUUCUCCGUGCUCAUGCUCUUUGUGCUGGGCAUCACCGUGGUCAAACCCUACAUGCUCAGCAGCUGGAGCGAGCAGGCGAACUGCACGGUGAUCCGCAUGGAGAUCCUGGAGGACUGGGUGGACUGCACCUUCAUCUGUGGGGUGGACUGCCGCGGCCAGGCCAAGUACCCCUGCCUGCAGGUCUUCGUCAACCUCUCCUCUUCGGGGCAGAAGGCCGUGCUGCAUUACAACGACGAGGUCAUCCAGCAAAACCCCAAGUGUUUCUACAUACCCAAGUGCUUACGAGACGGGGACGAGCUGCUCAGCGAUGCCAAGAGGAUCCUGCGCUCCCUCCACCCAGGCCGCGGCAGCCCCUUCUCCUGCCACUACAGCCCGGACAAGCAGCCCCGAGACGCCAUUCUGUUCAAGAAGUACGACAGCGCGGUGGUGCUGCACUGCCUGCUGUGGCCCUCCCUGCUGCUGGUGGCCGGCGCUCUGGUCGUGGCCAUGGUGAAGCUCACCCAGCACCUGUCCCAGCUGGCCGCGGGGCUCCCCGCCGCCCCGCAGAAGAGCGACUCGGGGCCCCCCAGCCCGGGGUCGAGGCGAAGCGGCCAGAGCAAGCUCCACAAGCUCUUCCAGGGGAGGCCCCGGCUCCGGCAAUCCCAGCAUGCCCCGCUCUGCUGAGGCCUGUCGCCCUGGGGCCCUCUCAGCGGGGGCGCCCUUGUCCUCGGAGACUGGACACGGAGGCUGUGCGCAAACGACAAAACAAAACCAGAUGUUCCCACACACAGCAAACAGCUGAUCUUCCCUCCUCUGAAGACACUGACGCAGGGACCUGACUGGGGAAAGGCCACACUUUCCAACCCCACCUGGAAGAACUCAACUCAUUCGGUGUCAGUUCUUCUCUUCUUCCCCAUUGUCAAAAGCUAUAUUAAACUUCUGAUUUCUUUUGAC